AUGCCGCAAAAGAAACCCAAGGAAACGGCUGUGAUUAGGACAAGGCGGCAACGCUUGCUGGAGACUCUGGUCAUCUUUCGUCGAAGUCUCAUUUACCAGACAAAGGAGUUCUUUCAGAACUCAACGCUCCACGGCGUUCGCUAUAUUGCGGAAACGGGUCGGCCCAUUGGCGAGAAGUUUAUGUGGUUCUGUUUCACAUCGAUUGGCGCUGUUACGGCUCUGGUCAUUAUCAUGAGCCUGUGGGAGAAAUUUCAAACCAAUCCAACCAUCACUGGUCUGGACACGGACUUUCACAAUCAGAACGUUGUUUUUCCCACCACUGUGGUGUGUCCGGACUCGGCCUUCGAUCAUGAAAAAUCCUACGCUGAGGUCUACAAAUCCCUGGCCAACUACGAUGCGGAGAAGGCGCAGAUGUUUGCACCGUUCCUUGAUAUGCUUACCUCGCUCAGUUUCGAGAACAUCCGGGAUGCACAAAUGCUGGCAGAGGCAAUACCGUCCGACCUGCUGGACGAGCACACAAUUCGCGAUUGGGCGUUCCGGGCCCAAAUCCCCUGCGAGAAUGCGCUAAUCUCUUGCAAGUAUCGGGACGAGGACAUCGUCUGCUGCGAUCACUUUCAGCCCAUUUACACGGAACAUGGCUUUUGCUACGCCUUCAACAGUCGCUUCAUGUCCACCGCAACCGAAGACACCAAAACUGGGGCACCCCAUGACCUCUAUGAAACGGACAAGAAGUGGGCUCUGUUCUUUCUACCCAAUAGCACUUCUCGGAUAUUUAUAUUCUCAAACGAGGAGUACUUUGGCUCCGAUUUCAAUGCCCAAAUUGACUGGACGGAGGAUCAACUUGUGGAAGUGCGCAUCUCCAAGAAAAACACCUACACCACAGAUGAUGCACGCCAGUUGUCCAUCGGCCAGCGCAAGUGCAUCUUCAGCGACGAGGUCAAGUUAAGCUACUUCCCAGAUGCCUACACCUUUUCAUCCUGCAUGAAGCAAUGCCGCAUGACAAAGGCCAUCAAGCUAUGCAAAUGUAAUCCGCCCUUCUACAAGCCCAUCAGUAAUGUACCCAUGUGCGCAGUCAAGGACUUUACCUGUCUAAACGACUACAAGCUGAACAUAACUAAUAUCAAGGAUUGCCUACAGUGUGAGCUUAGCUGCUCCAAGACAGUGUUUAAUAUAGAUAAGCUCAUGAAAUUUAUGGAUCGUUCGGAUUCGCCUGGCGUUCUAGUCGAGUUCCUUACUUGGCCCAUCAUUCGCUACAAGCGUGAGGUACUCUUCGGCUGGGUGGAUCUGCUUGUGUCCUUUGGCGGCAUCGCCAGCUUGUUUCUCGGCUUCUCGCUGCUCUCGGGUGUUGAGAUUAUUUACUACUUUACCCUGCGCGCCUGUUGUAUGGUCUACAAGAAUCGGCAAGAGCUGUACGAAAUUGAGCAACGCAUCCGUCACGAGCCGCCACCGGCGAUUGAUCUUCAAUUAAAACUGAAGUCCCACGCAAAUCCAUCGUGUAAUUCAUCUGAUUCGAGGACUGAUUCGAGUGUGCUUCAGGUGCAGCCUGCGGAAACGCAUAGGAACAUGGAACUUUACCACUUGGCGCGUCAGCGAAGGAACGAGAAGGAUUAUUUGAGCUAUUCAAAGAGCAUGUAUCGGACUCCGAAAGUUGUGCCCGAACAUGGCUAUGGAAGUAAUAGGGAUAAAUGGCAAUAUGCACAUGGACAAUAUUUACCCUGAAAUCGUAACAAAUAUUGGAAUAAAAAAAGGCCUGACGACUCCAGGAACCACAUUAAACAGAUGUUUCGAGCUGUAUACCG